AUGGCAGAGGCUGCGGAGGGUCCUGUGCCCGAACCCGUAGUGAGGAGGAAAAAAAGCAUAUCUAUUGAGGAAAAAAUUGACAUCAUAAGUGCUGUGGAGAGUGGGAAGAAAAAGGCAGACAUCGCGGCCAAGUAUGGCAUAAAGAAGAAUUCCUUGUCUUCAAUUAUGAAGAAUAAAGAAAAAGUUUUGGAAGCCUUUGAAUCUUUACGAUUUGAUCCUAAAAGAAAACGACUAAGGACUGCGUUUUAUACCGACCUGGAGGAGGCGUUGGUGAAGUGGUACAGAAUUGCUCAGUGCAUGAACGUGCCGGUGAACGGUCGUGUGUUGCGCCUCAAGGCCAAUGAUUUUGCUCAGAAGCUGGGGCAUAGUGAUUUUAAAUGCAGUAAUGGCUGGCUCGAUCGUUUCAAGUCAAGGUAUGGUUUAGUUUUCAGAGCUCAGCCUGUAGAAGCAGCUGCUACUACUACAGUGGACGCUCCAACUCUUUGGUACCAAAAUGUUCUUCCUUAUUAUUUAAAUGAUUAUCAGCCAAAAAACGUGUUUUAUGUACAGGAGACUGGAUUGUUGUAUCAGAUGUUACCACAUAACACAUUUGCAUUUAAAGGGGAAAAUUGCUCUGUAGGUAAAAUAAGUAAAGAGAGAGUAACUGUAGGGGUGGGUGCAAAUAUGGAUGGCACCGAGAAACUUCCUUUGCUUGUUAUAGGGAAAAACAAAAGUCCAGGCUGCUUCAAAGAUGUGAAGUCACUACCUGUGGAUUAUGAAGCAAACGAUAUGGCGUGGAUGACUUCGGAAGUGUUUGAACAGUGGAUGCAUAAACUUGAUGACAGAUUUCAAGCACAGCAGCGACGAGUAGUUAUUCUUGUUGAUUCUCUCCCAGCUCACACAGAAGUAAAGAACCUGAAGUCUGUCCAAUUAGUGUUCUCUCCUCCAGACUCUUCCUCAUGCAUAGCUACAAAACAAGGCGCUAUCAGAAGUUUGAAGGUUAAAUACAGGCGCUGCCUUAUCAAGAGAUUUGCUGACUGUGUAGAAGGUAAUAAAGAGUUCAUGCUGACUCUUCUUGAUGCAAUUGAGAUGUUGCACCUCUGCUGGAGGAAAGUAACACCAGAGACUAUUGUAAAAAGUUGUAAUGAAGCAGGAUUCAAAUUAGAAACUAAGGCAAAUGGUAAUGACACAGAGGUUGAAAGUGAUUUUGAUUUGAUUGCACAUGCACAGGCAGCUGGAGUGGAGUUUCCAGAAGGUUUAUCUUUGGAGGAAUACGCAGCUCUAGAUGAUGGCUUGAUAACUUGUGAAAUGCCCACAGAUAAUGAAAGGAUGUGUGCCAAAGAAACCACAUCAGAUAAAGCUGGAACAUGUGUUGGUGAUGAAGAUGAGGAUGAAGGUGAUCUAUUUCAGGGAGCUGAUCAGCCUUUGCCAUCAAAAAAUGAGGCUUUGAGUGCUUUAGAUACCCUUCGAAAGUUUCUCAGAAGUCAAGACACGGAUGACUCUCUUCACGAUUCCUUAGCUGACCUGGAGAAUUUUAUUCAACAUGUAGCAUGUAAAUAA